AGCCAAUCAGCCAUAAACAGCACCCGAGCUCUUCGAUCCAUUGGCGCUCCAGCUUCGUUCUGCAUCGUCUACUCCGAUCCAGCCUCCUCGCCCCUUCGAUCUCGGUUGAUAGCUUGGCAUGGCGUUCGCUGAGGAGGAGACGGCUCACUUUGGCAUGAACCUUGUCGAGGGCCACUGCGACUCCGAGGACGGCCUCGCCGGCUGGGCUCCGUCGGGCUCGUGCACGCUCUCCGAGCACGCCGAGGACCCGGCGCCGGACGCGCUUCCUCCGCCGCUGGCAGCCACGGCUGACGACGACGACGAUGAAGAGGAGGCGGUCCGGCGCGCGCGCAAGCCCAGCGGCCGGUACGUCCUCGCGGCGCACCGCAGGGACGAGAAGGAUGGGCUGUGCCGGGCGCUCUCGCGCGCGCCGAGGCCCAAGGUCACGUACCGGGUGGCCGGGUGGGUCGGCGUGGGCGACGGCGGCGCGGAGGGCUCCCACGCCGUGCACGUCGAGGUCCGCGUGGACGACCACCGCCGGGUCGGCGGCGGCGUGGUCGUCGUCGAGCCCGGGAAGUGGGGCGACAUCAAGGGCUCGUUCCGGGUCGACGACGACGACGAGCCGCCGCGCUCCGCCAAGGUGUACGUGCACGGCCCGCCGGCCGGGGUGGAUCUCAAGGUCAUGGACCUGCAGGUGUGCGCCGUGAACAAGAUCCCAAGGCUCAGGCACCUCAGGAAGAAGGCUGACAGGGUGCGCAAGCGUGACGUGAUCCUGAAGCUCAGCAGCCGGGCGGAGGACGGCGUGUCGAGCGUCGCCGGAGCGCACAUCCAGGUGAUCCAGGUCCAGAACAGCUUCCCCAUCGGGUCGUGCAUCACCAAGGCGGGCAUCCAGAACCCCGAGUACGUGGACUUCUUCACCAAGCACUUCGACUGGGCCGUGCUCGAGAACGAGCUCAAGUGGUACUACACGGAGGCCGUCCAGGGUCAGGUGAGCUACGCCGACGCCGACGAGCUCAUCGACUUCUGCGACCGGCACGGCAAGCCGGUGCGCGGGCACUGCAUCUUCUGGGCGGUGGAGAACGCGGUGCAGCCGUGGGUCCGCGCGCUGAACAGCGACAAACUCCGCGCCGCCGUGGAGGCCCGGCUGCGCGGCCUGGUGUCGCGCUACGCCGGGCGGUUCCCGCACUACGAGGUGAACAACGAGAUGCUGCACGGCGCCUUCUUCCAGCAGCGCCUGGGCGACGACGCCAACGCGCACAUGUUCCGGGAGACGGCGCGGAUCGACCCGGCGCCGGCGCUGUUCGUGAACGACUACAACGUGGAGAGCGCCAACGACCCCAACGCGACGCCUGAGAAGUACGUGGCGCUGGUCACGGACCUGCAGCGGCGCGGCGCGCCGGUGGGCGGGAUCGGGAUCCAGGGCCACGUGACGCACCCCGUCGGGGACAUCAUCUGCGACGCGCUGGACAAGCUCGCCGUCACGGGGCUCCCCGUCUGGGUGACGGAGCUGGACGUGUCGGCCGCCGACGAGGCCGUGCGCGCCGACGACCUGGAGAUCGUGCUCCGGGAGGCGUUCGCGCACCCGGCCGUGGAGGGCGUCAUGCUGUGGGGGUUCAUGCAAGGCCACAUGUGGCGCUCCCACGGGCAGCUCGUCAACGCCGACGGCAAGCUCACCGAGGCCGGGAGCCGCUUCGCGGGGCUCCGGCGGGAGUGGACGUCGCACGCGAGGGGGAAGGUGGACGCCAGCGGGAAGUUCAAGUUCAGGGGGUUCCACGGCACGUACCAGGUGUUCCUCACGACGGCCGCCGGCGAGGUGAAGAAGCAGACGUUCGACGUCAAAAAGGGGGACGCGCCGCUCGUGCUCGACAUGAAUUUCUAGCCUUCUGCUCGCACCGUACACACAUUGGCCGCGGUGAUUACGUUUUACGACCAGGAUUAUUAGUACCAUUUACUUAUUCGUAUAUUGGGAUUGGGGUGAUGCAUAGAUAUUACAGGGGUGAAAAAAUGGUAUGUAUCUGUAGUAAUGGAAGUGCGUGGAAGCUUGGUAUUGUACACGGUAUUUAUUGAUGAAAAAACAGACUGCAGUAAAUAAACGAACAAUUUGUAUGGUUUUUGA